AGCCACUCCCAGUGCUCAGUUGCCUGAUGGCAGCAGUGUGAUUCAGACAAUGCAGAAUCCCCUCUUUUCUCUGAAAAGCAUUAUUGAUACCUGGCUGAGCUCCAGUUCCACUUCCUGGGUGAUUGAUACCAUCCUCGUCAUCCUGUGUGGACUGGGGUUUUUCGUGUUACUUGCCUACCUGCAGAGUGAUCCAUCCUUACCACCAGCGAGGAAACAUGGAAGCAUCAGGAAGCGUCAAGUGGAGCCGAGGGGGAGGAGCAGCAGGACUAGGAAGAAAAGUGGGGCUUUGAGAGCUUGCAGAGACUGCCUGAAAGAGCUAGAGGAGGCUCGGGGCCUCAUUUUACUGGUGCAAAGCCACCUGGACAGACUCCAUGACAAGGGUGGCUUUCCUCAGCUCUCACGUCAAGACGCCCCUGGCAAGGUGGGCAAAGCAGCGUCUGCUGGAGCCCACCAGCCACGUGGGGAGCAGAUGGAAGAUGCUGCUCCUGCCAUGUCCCUGUCCGCUUCCCCGGCUCCUCUGACCAAGCGCCCUCUACCUCUGGCCUGCACCCUGUCAGCAGAACCUCAGGAAGACCAGUCUGACUUGCCAAGAAUCCCACUGGGCACCGUCGCCAAGAGCUCACCUCCAGGGUCCUCCACUCCUCCAUCAGCUGUCAGACGUCUUCUGAAGAUCCCAAAGGGGCAUCAGGGAAGAGAGCGUGAGGAGCCUGACAUGGGCGCACUCACCACUGGCUCCUGACCACAUUGGUGUACUCUGUCUACCUGGCGGUUCCGAAAUGCCUGUCUGAGGGCAGCAAGGGUCCACAUCCACAGAGAAAAUGAGAACAAGAAGGAUGAUGUCAUUGGUUUCUCACAAAACCAAAUUUCUUCAAUUAAAAAGGCCUGUCCUUAAUUCUGAGAUGAUGCCCUCCUUUAAUUUUGCAUUU